AGGCAAUCGACAAAAUCCAUGGACCAAAGCAGCAACAGCGACGACCGCCUGCACCAAGUAGCUGCGUGCAUUCCCAUUGUCCCGUUCAAGGGCGUCAGUUUCUACGAUAUAGGGGGACUUCUGGCUCAUCCAGUCGAGUUUGCCAUGUGCAUCGACCUUCUCGUGGCGUACUGCGAACCCUUCGCCGACCGCAUUUCAUCGAUCGGGUGCUUUGACGCGCGAGGGUUUUUGCUGGGCCCGAUACUUGCCGUGCGGUUGAAGAAAAAGGUGUUUAUGCUCCGCAAGCCCGACAAGAUGCCUCGCGUAUCCCAUAGCGUCCGAUACGGAAAGGAAUACGUCGGCGACGACCCGACCGUGGGGGACGACGGCCUUUGCAUUCAGGAAGGCGCAGUAGUUGCGGGGGACAAAGUGCUUCUCAUUGACGACUUGCUGGCAACGGGAGGCACCAUGGAAGCGGGCCUGGACCUGGUCAAGCAAUGCGGAGGCGAGGUGCUGUCGUGCAUCUGCCUCAUCGAACUCGAUGCCCUCCGAGGACGACAACGUAUCGCGAGCCGACACCCCGACACGACCUUUUUUCACCUCCUUUCAGAACAUCUUUGGGCAAAGACAUCAUAGAUUCACCGUUUCGUGCCAUUUCCUUGUGCAAUACAGCGACGGUAGUUGGGAAAUUGCACUCGAGAAUUCACAACAGUACGUUAUCUC